CAAAAUCCUCAAUUACCCUAAAUAUCCUAACAAAACUCGACAAGUCAAUACACAAAAAAGAAAUUCCCACCUUUAAAAAAAAACAUUAAAAAAAGACAUCCUUACCCAUUAUUCUCCCACAUAAAACUUCUUCACCACAACACAACACAACACAAACACAAAAAAAAAAAAAUGGAACAAGAACAUCAUCAACAAGAACAAGAACCAUUAAUCUACAACCUCCCACACGACACACUUCUCAAAAUCUUCUCCACUUUACCCCUCCGUCAAAUCAUUCUCUGCCGUUCCCUUUCCAAAUUCUUCAACCACCUACUCACCACACCAACCUUCCUCCACCACAUCUCCGCCACUCUUCCAUCACUCAACCUCCUUGCCCUCCGCCACCACAACCACCACAACCACCACAACCCCUCCACCGUCCACCUCUUCGAUCCUGACCUAAAUCAAUGGCUUCAUUUUCCUCUUAAUUUUCUCCCUUUCUCUAAUCCUCUCCCUGUCGCUUCCUCUCAUGGACUCAUUUACCUUUGGGCCCAGCCCAAUAACACAAGCCCAAUUUCACAAGCCCAAGCCCAAACUAAAUCAUUACUCGCUUGUAAUCCACUAACCCGCAAAUUCCGGAUCCUUCCUCAAUUAGGAUCCGCUUGGUGUCGACAUGGAUCGGUGUUAGUUGACUCAGUCAACCGAGUCAUGGUUCUAACUGAACUCGCCGCUUUAUAUUUCUCCGGUGACGGCGGUGAUAACGGUGGUUGCUGGCUGAAAUUUUCGUCAAAUCUUCCAUCGAAGCCGCGGAGUCCGGUUCUGAUUGAGGAUUCUGCUUACGCGCUUUGCUGCGAUGAUGUUGGAUCUCCUUGGAGGAGUCAAUGGAAGCUAUUCUCGUGCCGAUUUACUUCGACAACUUCGGUGAAGUGGUCGAGAGUAGAUCGUCGGGAGUGGGGAGAUGUUUUUGAUAUACUGAAACGGCCACGCCUUGUUCGCGGUGUUGGGAACCGGAUCUUGAUGAUUGGGGGAUUGAAGUCUUCGUUUUCGUUGAAUUCACCGUGCUCGACAAUUUUGAUUUUGAGGCUUGAUCUUGGGAAUAUGGAGUGGGAUGAAGCUGGGAGAAUGCCGGUGGAGAUGUUUAGGUGUUUUCAGGAUGCUGGGAAGUUUAAGGUUUUUGGUGCUGGUGAUAGGGUUUGCUUCUCGGCGAAGAGGAUUGGGAAAGUGGCGCUUUGGGAUCGUGGUGCGGUGGCAGAGGGUGGAGAGUGGCGGUGGAUUGUUAAUGUGCCGGGAAAUGGGGAUGGAGUCUACCGGGGAUUCGUGUUUGAAGGGAGGCUUGAUGCAUUGCCUUGAGGGUUAGGAUCGGGAAAUUGACGAUUUAUGAUGUGGUGCUGCAGAGGGUGAAGAGUGGCUGUGUAUCGGUAGUGUGCCAAUCUGUCUUUGAAGGUAGGCUUGAUGCAUUGCCUUGAGGGUUAGGAUUGGGAAAUUGGCGAUUUGGGAUCGUGGUGCUGCAGAGGGCGAAGAGUGGCUGUGUAUCGGUAGUGUGUCAAUCUGUCUUUGAAGGUAUGCUUGAUGCAUUACCUUGAGGGUUAGGAUCGGGAAAUUGAUGCAUUUGGAUCGGGGUGAAGAGUGGCGGUGGAUUGAUAAUGUUUUGAUCGGUGAUUUGUCUUUGAAGGGUGGCAUGAUGCAUUACAUUGAGGGGUGAUUUGUCUUUGAAGGGUGGCUUGAUGCAUUAUAUUGAGGGUUAGGAUCGGGAAAUAGCGGUUUGGAUUGGGAAAGUGGAGAGUGGCGGUGGAUUGUUGAUAUAUGGUAAAUGGCGAUGGAGCCUACUGAAGAUUCGUCUUUGAAGGGAGGGUUGAUGCAUUGCCCCGAGAGUUCCAAUUAUGGAUUCAAAAUUUGGUAUUUUAAUUAAAGUUGUUUAUGCUAUGUUGAUUUUGGAUAUAAUUUAUAUGCAUUGAAUUCUUUUUUACACAUGCAUCCAAUUACAUAUAAACUAGAUACAGAUAUUUGUGGAGAUAUUAUCGAAACACUGAUUACAAACUGAUUACAAAGUUACAUUGUGUGAUUUGAUUGGGUGUAUAUGUUAAAAAAAUUAUGUUGUAAGUUGGCUUUAUAUUUAAACAUGAUUUUGAAUGUUUUAA